AUGAGACCCGCCGCCCCCACCUCCACCUUCCCAAUUCCCACCCCCUCCCCACCAUCCACCGACCGAGAGGAAGAACGACCUCGCUCCGCCUCUCACCAGACGGGUGAUGCCACCGACAACCAACAAAACACACCAUCUGUCGAAGCCAACGCUCCCUCAGAAGGCUCUACCAACACCGCGGUCGUCCAAGCCCCCAACAACCGUGCUGGUGAAUCUAGCAGGAUAGCUACACCUGCUUGUCCACGACAUCCCCGGCCAGCGCGUGAUCUCCAGGCAUCCACGCAGCGUCCAUACGACGCAGGGCACCGUGCUGUACCCCAACUGUUGGACAGGACCCAGCCCGCCGUCCAACAACCUCCGUCGUCAAGGCUUGUCGACCGUGGACAAUCGUCUUCCACCGCCCCUCGUCCUCUCCCCCCUUACAUGGGUACCACUCGACAGAUGUAA